GAGGCGUUUGAUGCUCUGGGGUUGCCAGGGUGACGGGAAUACAACAUGGCGCGCUGACAAGUUCUGUCGUGGGGAGGGGGUCUGGCGGUUCAGAGAGGACACGUGUCCUCGACCCCCCCCCCUCCCCACCCCUUGACCUGGCGGGAACCUGCGGGAGAGGCGGGCUCGGAGGAUGAACAAAUACAAAACAAUUGGUAAAAUUGGAGAGGGAACAUUUUCUGAUGUUCUGAAGGUACAGAGUCUAAACAAUGGACGUUGCUAUGCUUGUAAACAAAUGAAACAGCACUUUGAAAGCAUUGACCAUGUGAAUAACCUGAGAGAAAUUCAAGCAUUAAGGCGAUUAAAUCCACAUCAAAAUAUCCUUACAUUGCAUGAAGUGAUUUUUGACAAGAAAGCUGGUGCUGUUGCAUUAAUAUGUGAACUUAUGGACAUGAAUAUUUAUGAAUUGAUCAAAGGAAGGAAAAAACCAUUGCCUGAAAAGAAAAUAAUGAAUUAUAUGUACCAGUUAUGCAAAUCUCUUGAUCAUAUACACAGAAACGGAAUAUUUCACAGAGAUGUGAAACCUGAAAACAUAUUAAUAAAGCAAGAUCUUCUCAAGCUUGGAGAUUUUGGAUCCUGUAGGAGCAUACAUUCUAAGCAGCCAUAUACAGAAUAUAUCUCUACCCGCUGGUAUAGGGCACCGGAAUGUCUUCUUACAGAUGGUUACUACAGUUAUAAAAUGGACAUCUGGAGUGCUGGCUGUGUGUUUUAUGAAAUUGCAAGUUUCCACCCACUUUUUCCUGGAUCAAAUGAAUUGGACCAAAUAUCAAAAAUUCAUGAUAUCAUAGGUACCCCUCCUAAGAAGAUUCUUCAUAAGUUCAAACAGUCAAGGGUGAUGAGUUUUGAUUUCCCCACCAGAAAAGGAAAAGGAAUCUCUCCAUUUAUCCCUAACCUGUCUAAUAAGAGCCUGACACUUAUGUAUGCAAUGAUACAGUAUGAUCCUGAUGAGAGAAUCGGUGCUCAUGAAGCACUUCAACACCCUUAUUUCAGAGAAUUAAGGUUGGCAGAGAAACAAGCUUUAACCAUACACCGAAAAAUGAGAUUAGUAGAAAAUCCAUUAGAAAGGGAUUCUAUUGGCUUGCGGCGUGUUUCAAAGGAGGAUCAAAGGCAGAACUUUUUUAGGCAAGCCCAGGAGAAUCCACUGGGACUUCAUGGACUUCCCAAUGCAGUUGAGUUGCCAAAACUGACAGUUCCUGCUGUAACCAACUUGACUUCUUACCCUAAUCCUUCAUUUCAGUCAGUUUUUACCCUCCCAGCAUCCAACAGACAAGUCCAGGUUUUGCAGCCUAUAACAUAUUUUGGGACACACUGCAAGUCUGAAAAACAGAAGGAAUUUAAAUCUCCUAUGAAACAGUACCACCUGCCUGCUCUGGAAAGACGAGGUGGAAGAUUUUGAUGGAUCAAAACAGUCAUGAGUUGUCUGGAUUUUUAGUACACAAAUGGCAGUAGUGCCUUAUCAUCUCAAAUGCUGCAACAAGAAGCUACAACAAUCGUUAUUUGGGACUUACCCAUUUUUUUUACAAGUCAACAAUGUAACCACCAUUUUUAUAGCUCAGAAUGCACUUUGAUUUUUUUAAAGGAGUUCCUAUUUUUUUUUAAGUUUUCUUCAAAGAUGAUCAUUUAUUUAACGGUGUUGCACUGGCAGGAGUGAAUUGUUCCAACUUUUAUAUCAAAUACUACAUUGUGUUUAUAGAUAUAUAUAAAUAAUAAAUAAAUUAAAAAGUCAAUUUCUGGGGGAGGGGGUUGUACAUAUGAUCAUAGGGAUAAUCAGAGCCAAUUUUUAUCAUUUAGAAACUUCAAAAUUUAAAUAUAACCUAUACAAAUUUGUGUUCUGAAACAAUAUAAAUUAGCAGGUUUUUGGAUGGUAGAUGGAAAAGAUCAGUCAUUACUCAAUAUUCUCUUGUAUAGAAAACUAUAAGUAAGCUUUCGGUUGAGGUAUAUUGUCACACUGGCAUAGUUCAAUGUAGAACGUUACACAUUUGUUUUGAAAAGGCCAUGAUGUUUGAAACUCUUGUGUUGGAGGAAAUAAUCCACUCUAAAGGGCAUUUAGUUUAGCUUUUCUAGAGGUAUCAGUAAAAAUAAAUUAAAGAACUUAAGAAGAUUUUUAUAGGAUUAUUAUGAGAUCAAGUAUCGUGUCCUCUCACAAAGAACUGUCAAAUACCAUUACUCUGUAACAAGAAAAAAACGAUGUAUUGCACUAGAGUAAAAAAUAUUGAUACUGUAUAACAGCUGCACCUUAAAUAACAGCCAAAUAGCAAUGCUUCAAUAAAGUGGCAAAAAGAGAGCUAAGGCUGGACUAUAUCUUUGAGAAAGGAAAGCACAAUGGUAAAGUUUGCUGAAAAGUCACAAAAAUAACACAAAUGCAAUAACAAUACAUAAAGCAAGUUCUAAAACUGCUGUAUUUUUCUUCCUAUAUGAAGGCAAUAAUUUGCUUGAGGAUUCAGUAGUCAUAAACCGGUAAUAUUGCCAUUAUUUAUAUUUUGUACAAAAACUAUGGGAGGAUUGAGAUUUAUUUUGAAGAAUUUUCAUAUUAUUUCACACAGAAUCAAACGUCUUCAGGAUAAGGUUUUCUUUUGGGAAAGAUAGGAACUUAAUUUGAAAUUUAGAAUUUGAAGAGCAUUAUUUUUGCAUCUGCAUUUUUGUAACUGGAUGAAUAUUCUAUCAGUUUUAGUUACCUGAUAUAAAAUGAUGU